ACUUUUACGUGGUUGAAGUUGCUCGUGUUGCUCUUCAGAAACACGAUGAUGAUGAAGAGGAGGAGGAGGCGUGUGUGACACGUGAUGUGAUGAACCAGUGUGUGUGUGAGACCCCGGCGGUCGUCACUCAGCAGAUGGACCGACGGGUCGCGGUGAUGAAUGGGCCGCGGUGCGACGCCUGAGUCUGUGGACGACCACCAGAGGAAUCUCUAACUCUUUUAUUCCACACAUUCUUCUAAACUGUAAUAAAAUCGUCCGUCUUAAUAUCUCUGGGACCUCCAGGAGGCGCUCAGGAGGUUCAGAUGCUGAGGCUCCGCCCAGGCUCCAGUGACAGGAUGGAGACCCCGGCCGUGGGUGGAUGGUGAAGAGGAGGAGGAGGAGACGCUCGUCCACAGACCUUCUGACCGAUUCUUCGACCAUGUUCCUCCGUCUGUCUUCACUCUGUCACGGCUCACGCACGGAGAGAUGGAAACAGGAGUCGGGAUAGAAUUCCAAGGCUGAAGAAAGAACGACUUCCUCUGAUGUGAAAAAAAACUUUGCUCUGAUUAGAACAGGAAGUGUGGACACUUGAAGAAGAAGAAGACGUUUUGUUGUAAAGAGCAGAAGGUUGGAGUCGAUGGUGACGAAGAUGGGUUUCUACCAGAACAAGGCCUCCUGGUUCCUGUUGUUAGCUGAACUGCUGCUAACAGGAUUAGCUCUGGAAUAUGAGGGAAUUCCCGGUCAGUGGACGCGCUACGGACAGUGGGACGCCAAGACGACGGGCGAGCUCAGCUUCAUCCUGAAGACCAACACCAGCAAAGCCCUGGUGCUCUACCUGGACGACGGAGGGAACUGCGACUUCCUGGAGCUCCUCCUCACAGACGGCAGGGUCCAUUUACGCUUCACCAUCCAUUGCGCCGAACCGGCGUCGCUGCACAUGGAGACGCGCGUCAACGACCAGCGCUGGCACAGGAUCCUGCUGUCCCGUAACUUCAAGGAGACCAAGCUGGUGGUGGACAACGAGGAGAAGAAGGCGGAGGUCAAGUCCAAGAGGAAAGAGAUGGUGGUGGUCAGCGACCUCUACGUGGGCGGGAUCCCGCCGGACGUCCGUCUGUCUGCCCUGACGUCCAGCACCGUCAAGUACGAGCCGCCGUUCCAGGGUCUGAUCGCCAACCUGAAGCUGGGAGAAGCUCUGCCGCUGCUGCUGGACGGUCAGGCCGUCCACAGCGACCUGGAGUUCAUCUGUGACGCACACUCUCCCUGCAACAACCAGGGCCUGUGCUCCGUCAGUCAGGGGGAGGUCCUGUGUGACUGUAUCAACACCAGCUACAGGGGGCGCUACUGCCAGGAAGGUCUGGAGGAUUCCGUGGCGACCUUCAGAGGAAACGAGUUCUUCAGCUACAACCUGUCGCAGACGCCCAUCCAGAGCAGCCUGGACGAGAUCACGCUGUCCUUCCGCACGCUGCAGAGGAACGGCCUGCUGCUGCACACGGGGAAGUCUGCCGAUUACGUCAACCUCUCCCUGAGGAACGGAGCUCUGUGGCUGGUCAUCAAUCUGGGCUCCGGGGCCUUCGAGGCCCUGGUGGAACCUUCCAGCGGGAAGUUCAACGACAACGUGUGGCACGAUGUCCGAGUCACGCGCAACCUGCGACAGGUGACCAUCCUGGUGGACGGGAUCCUCACCACCACUGGCUACACCCAGGAGGACUACACCAUGCUGGGCUCCGACGAUCUCUUCUACAUCGGGGGCAGUCAGAACACGGCCGACCUGCCGGGCUCCCCGGUCAGCAACAACUUCAUGGGCUGUCUGAAAAACGUUGUUUACAAGAACAAUGAGUUCCGUCUGGAGCUGUCCAGGCUGGCGGAGCAGCAUGACUCCAGGAUCGCCGUCCACGGCGACCUGGUGUUCAGGUGUGAGAAGGUGGAGGCCCUGGAGCCCAUCACCUUUGACACGCCGUCCGCCUUCCUGACACUGCCCAGGUGGAACGCCAAGAGAACCGGCGCCAUAUCCUUCGACUUUCGCACCACGGAGCCCAGCGGCCUGCUGCUCUUCAGUCACGGCAGCCUGCAGGGGGCGCAGCCCGACAGGAAGCCCAGGGCCGACUUCUUUGCCAUGGAGCUGCUGGACGGAUUCCUCUACCUGGUCAUGGACAUGGGCUCUGGCAGCAUCAAGACGAAAGCCAGUAACAAUCAGCUGAGCGACGGCGAGUGGUACCACGUGGACCUUCACAGGAACGGGCGCAACGGCUUUAUCUCCGUGAACAGCCAGAGUUUCCCCUUCUCUGCUAAUGAAGGCAGUGAGAUCCUUGACCUGGACGGUGACAUGUACCUCGGAGGUUUACCUGAAGCGCGGCAAGCUCUCGUCCUCCCCCCCGAGGUCUGGACCGCCUCCCUGGGUCUGGGCUACGUGGGCUGCGUGAGGGACUUCUUCAUGGACGGACAGAGUCGUAACCUGUGGAGGCUGGCGGAGAUUCAGACGGCUGCAGGUGUCAGCAGCUUCUGCACCAGGGAGACUCACACCAGGUGCGUCAAAGACACCUGUGCCAACGGUGGACAGUGCAGGGAGGGAUGGAACCGACACGUCUGUGACUGUGCCAGUACUGGAUACCUGGGUCUGAGCUGUGACAAGGAGGCCACGGCGGUCAGCUACGACGGCAGCAUGUAUCUGAAGGUGCUGCUGCCCAGGACCAUGCACACGGAGGCCGAGGACGUGUCUCUGCGUUUCAUGUCCCAGAGGGCCUUCGGGCUCCUGGUGGCCACCACCUCUCAGCAGUCGGCUGAUACCCUGCGUCUGGAGCUGGAGGGAGGCAGAGUGAAGCUGACGGUCAACCUGGGUAAAGGACCGGAGGUUCUGCUGGUGGGGGAGAAGCUGAAUGACAAUGAGUGGCACGCAGUGAAGGUGGUGCGGCGUGGGAAGAACCUGCAGCUGUCUGUGGACAACGUGACAGUAGAAGGCCACAUGUACGGGGCCCACACCCGUCUGGAGUUCAACAACAUCGAGACGGGCAUCAUGACGGAGCGCCGCUUCAUCUCGGUGGUGCCGUCCAACUUCAUCGGCCAUCUGCAGUCACUGUCCUUCAAUGGUGCGCUGUAUCUGGACCAGUGCAAGAACGGAGACAUCUCCUACUGCGAGCUGAACGCUCGCUUCGGCCUGAGGCACAUCGUGGCCAAUCCUGUGACGUUUCUGACCCAGGCCAGUUACCUGGCCUUCUCCACCCUGCAGGCCUACGCCUCCAUGCACCUCUUCUUCCAGUUCAAAACCACCAGCAGCGACGGUCUGAUUCUCUACAACACUGGAGACGGCAGCGACUUCAUCGUGGUGGAGCUGGUCAAAGGUUACAUCCAUUAUGUUUUCGACCUGGGCAACGGUCCGUCACUCAUGAAGGGAAACUCGGACAAACCUCUGAACGACAACCAGUGGCACAACGUGGUGAUCUCCAGGGACGGCAACAACAUGCACGUCCUGAAGAUCGACUCCCGCACCGUCACACAGCACACCAACGGAGCCAGGAACCUGGACCUGAAAGGGGAGCUGUACAUCGGAGGUCUGGGGAAGAGCAUGUACAGCAGCCUGCCCAGGUUAAUAGCCUCCAGAGAGGGGUACAAGGGCUGUCUGGCCUCCGUGGACCUGAACGGACGACUGCCUGACCUGCUGGCCGACGCCCUGUACAAGGUGGGGGAGGUGGACCGAGGCUGUGGAGGUCCAAGCACCACAUGCACCGAGGACUCAUGUCACCACCAGGGGGUGUGUCUGCAGCAGUGGGAGGGCUUUACCUGUGACUGCACCAUGACCACGUACGGCGGACCGUUCUGCAGCGACCCUGGCACCACGUAUAUCUUUGGGAAAGGGGGCGCUCUCAUCACUUUUACCUGGGCCCCCAAUGAGCGGCCGAGCACCCGGGCCGACCGGUUAGCCGUGGGCUUCAGCACCCUGCAGAAGGACGCCAUCUUGGUGCGGGUGGAGAGCACGCACGGUCUGGGAGACUACCUCCAGCUGCACAUAGAUCAAGGAAAAAUCAGCGUCAUCUUCAACGUGGGCACCGAUGACAUCACCAUCGACGAGCCCGCCCUGGUGGUCAAUGACGGCAAGUACCACGUGGUGCGCUUCACACGCAGUGGCGGCAACGCCACCCUCCAGGUGGACAACCAUCCGGUCAUUGAACGUUACCCACCAGGGAGACAGUUGACCAUCUUUAACAGCCAGGCAGCCAUUAAAAUUGGCGGGAACGACAAGGGGCGGCCCUUCCAGGGUCAGAUCUCGGGGCUGUACUACAACGGUCUCCAGGUGCUGAAGCUGGCGGCGGAGAGCGACCCCAGCAUCCAGGUGGAGGGCAACCUUCGUCUGGUCGGGGACUCCACGUCCGUGCUGCCCACGGACGCCACCUCCGCCAACCCACUGACCGUGUCCGACAUGUCCACCACCAUCAUGGAGACCACCACCACCAUGGCCACCACCACCACCCGCAGGCAGCGCUCGCCCAGCCUGAGGGAGAGCAUCUCAAAGCCUCAGAACUCCGACGAUAUCUUGGUGGCAUCGGCCGAGUGUCCGAGCGACGAUGAGGACCUGAUGGAGUGUGAACCGGGAACAGGUGGGUCAGGGAGGGGCCACCAAGUACAGUACCUCACCCCUGACCAGCUCCACAUCCCCGCGGGCAAAAUGAACACCCGCGACCAGGUGCUCCUGCCCCCUGCCCCUCCCUCCUCCCGAAACACCCCGGGACUAACUUACCCCCCCAAUUUCCCCCAUGUGCCCACAGCCUACCCCACUGUCUCUGAUGACAAGAACCAGCCCGGUGCCGUGGAGGUGAUCAGGGAGUCCAGUAGCACCACGGGGAUGGUGGUCGGCAUCGUGGCCGCCGCCGCCCUCUGCAUCCUCAUCCUCCUCUACGCCAUGUACAAGUACCGCAACCGGGACGAGGGCUCGUACCCGCCGGACCAGAGCCACGGCUUUGCCAACAGUUCAGCCGUGGAGGGCAACGGCGCCGUGGUCAAGGACAAAAACACGGCCACGGCCUCCGUGGCCAUGUCCAUCACAAAGGGUAAAAAGAACAAAGACAAAGAGUACUACGUCUGAGAGCGCGGGGAGGGAGGGAAAGGGGGAGGGAGGGAGGCGUUUGGACUGAGACCAGAGGACGAGAGAGAGAGAGAGAGAGAAGUGUCAUUUCACUCCCCCGUUUGUCAGUGAAAUUCACCUGCCACUAAAAACAGCUGCCGUCUGUCAGUGAUGAAACCCUGGUCCACGUCACCAGGUGUGACUCAUGUCCACGUCCUGUGCUGCGUCUCCGUUCUCAGAUUCAGACUCAUCAGUGUUCCUCAUUUGUUUCCGUUUGUACCAGCCUGUAGGGGGCGUGUCCACCUCGGCCUUGUAUAUAGCAUGGAUCUGGUUGAGUGGAGAAAAUCCCGGGACAGAUCGGCCUCCACGUUUUCUUUGUACUUCUUUGUAAUGCUCUGUUUCAACAAACCUCAGCGUCCCCAUAAUGACACAUGAGGCAGAACAGAGCAAUUAUUGACUUUUUAUGGCCGACGAGCAACGACGAGCCGAGCAGCAGCCACGACCGUCAAAACACUGGGAGGCCAAAUUUGGACCAGACGUCAUUCCUGCGUGUUAGGUUGUGCACUUUUCUUUUUUCUUAAACAGAAAAAAAAAACCCCGCUCUGCGUCUGCCGUCAGGAGACGGCGUUCAGCUGCUGCUGCUGCUGCAGGAUCACACAUGAAGCAUGAUAUUUAAAUCUUAAAGGAACCACGCAGUCAUUCACCUGUCUCUGGCCCAGCGUCCCUCACAGCUCAGUGGACCAGAACCAUUCCUCGUGUGAGACAUCGGAGUCAUCGUGCCCGCGUCGUUCAGAGAUCGCAAAAUCGUGAACAAGUCUGUCUACAAACGUGAAGGUGUUUCUCCGUGGACGUUUCUUGUAUGUACAUAUAGAGGGCAGCAGAGUGAAGAGGCGUUGUGUGCGUUGGGGGGGGGUGUGGGUGUGAAUAAUAUUAAUGUUCCACAUGUUCACUCUCCCCCCCCUCCUUCUCUGGAAAAGCGCUUCUUUCACCUCCGGCGGCGCCGCUGCUCAAACUGGUUUCCUGUAAAACUGUUGUUUGGAGGAGAGCGAGCGAACGAGUGAGCGAGCGACCUCAGACUCCUGACCUUCUCCUCUCUGUAAAACUGUCAUGGAAUACAUUUUGAAGAAAAAAAAAAGCACACGUGAAUUGUAAACAUAUCCUGGAGACACAAAUAUUCCAUGUAAAGCAGAUGAAACCAUGUAUGAUUUCUCUUUUUUCUAUCAGUUACUUCAAAAAAGAAAAAAAAGAGACUCUUCUAUCAGACGACCAAUGGAAAGGUUUGUGAAUUGUAUUGAUAUUUCUCUGAUAUUUCGAUGUAUGUUGUUACCACUCUUCUGAAAAACGUCCCACUUUAGAUUGCCUUUUACUUCCACAGGAGAAAAGCACACAUCCCUCUGAUAGCUGCAGAAAUGGUUUUGAUUUUUUUUUUUUUUUUUUCUGUAUUCUUUUCCGGUCCAGAUUAAUGCAGAAACAGACGAGAGAAGACUUGACUGUGUUGCGUUGUGCUCAGUCUGUGACUCCGUGGAUCUGACAGUAUAAAACCAUCUCCUCUGUUGACUUACGGCCACACUCGGUUCCUUCUCUCUUUUCUUUUCAUCAAAGUGCCAUUCCACAGGAGCCGCCCGCUGCUCACACACAGACCAUUCCUCACUCAUUUCUAUGAUAUCGUGUUCAUGUGCAAUGGAUCUGAAUAUGUGUACAGACCGUGGAGAUGAAAAUACACUUGAUUAUAUACUUUG